CCGUUCAGUCGGCAGGGUCCACUGUCCAUGUCGCAGUUGACUCAUAGCACAUAGCCUGCAGGGCGGCGCCUCACUAUAAAAUCUCCCCGCACUUAUUCCCGAUCUCUGAACAUUCCUACUUCUCCUCUGCCGACCCGUCCCACCUCUGCACGUGUAAACACACCAGCAAUCAUGCCUUCAGAACUGGAAGGAGCCAUGGAGUCACUCAUCAAGGUGUUCCACCGCUAUGCCUCUAAGGAUGGCCGGGGCACACUCAACCGACGAGAGCUCAGAGAGUUGAUGGAGAACGAGCUGUCUAACUUCCUUAAGUCCCAGAAGGACCCUGCUGCUGUAGACAAAAUCAUGAAAGACCUGGACACCAACGGUGAUGGCCAGGUGGACUUUGAAGAGUUUGUUUCUCUGGUUGUUGGACUUUCCAUUGCCUGUGAGCAGUGCUAUCAGAUGCACAUGAAGAAGAUGGCAAAGAAGUAAAAGAUGAAAGCAGAGGAGAAUAGAAGAAACCAAAAAGCAGUUCAAUAUUUGUAAAGAUUUUGUUUUUUAAAUACACUGACUGAAUUUCAAA